UGGGACACAAGACAAGACAAGAUUACCGCGUCACGUUCAUCCUGGUCAACCGUGCACGGCCUAGGCGAGCAGUUUUGUCACUGGCAACUGUUGUUGGCUCGCUACUGGGUCGACAACACAACUUCUCGACAUGGGAGAGACCAAGAAAACAGAUUCACGCUUGUCUGACUCCGAGAGGAGUCAAGCGAGAUUAAAGCCGAGCCAGAGGAGGUGGUUGUUCUACGGAGGCUGCGCCGUGAUUGCCAUGCUCCUGCUCGCCGGCAUAGUGCUUGGCCUGGGCCUCCUACAAACGAGUGGUCAGGAGAGAGGUGCGGCUGAGAAAGAAGAGGCGCCCCCUAGGCACAUAAAGUUUCACGCAACAAAGGAUCCGCGGAAAACAUCGAAAGCGCCAAUGCCGGAAACAGAAACUGACACUGCAUCGGUUCCGGAAGAAAAAGCCGUGACUGUAACGGUUUCGGAAGACGAAACGUGGAUUGCAACAACUACGGAAGAGGAAACCAUGACUGCAACGGUUUUCAAAAAGAGAAUGGGUAUUGCAUCGGUUUCGGAAGAGGAAACCAUGAGUGCAAUGGUUUCGAAAGAGGAAAGUAUGACUACAACGGUCUCGGAAGAGGAAAGGGGUACUGCAUCGGUUUCGGAAGAAGAAACCAUGAGUGCAAUGGCUUCGAAAGAGGAAACUGUGACUGCAAUGGUUUUCAAAAAGAAAACGGGUACUGCAUCGGUUUCAGAAGAGGAAGCCAUGAGUGCAACUGCUUCGAAAGAGGAAAAGGGGACUGCAACGGGAACCCCGCCGCAUGCCAUGAAAAUGACUGGGAAAGUCGCAUCCUCUGAUGAGAAAGCGAAGUUCAUGAGUCACAAGAUGACUACCGUCGUCGAAAAGCCUUCGACAACUGCCUCGAAGAUUCCCUCCAAAAGUAAUCGUUCUCACGUUCUCUACGCUAAACAUUUGACUGCACUAGAGGGCAACAUUCCGGGGCAGUGACUGCAAAGGCCGUUCUCCUGCACUUGUGUCACUCCGCCAAGUAGUCCGUCGGAGUUUGGACAGCGCUUUCGGUUUCUUGGAGAAGAUGCUGAGAUGGGCGUGGCUCCCACGUGCGGUGGUCUCGAAUUUGCCCAAACGUGGAAAAUAAAAGCGAAAGGAGUCGCUAUUAAAAUUACGUAAUGUGUUUCA